UAAAAGUAAAUUCGCAUAUAAGUAAAGAGACAGAGAAGAAGGGACAGGCAAAGAUAAUAUAAGUCUGCGAAUUGAAAAAACAUAUAUCUCUGAUGUAAUAAUUAUUCGAGAAAGCAAUCAGAAGUGAUCGCGUUUGGAGUUAAAAUUAGAUAUAUAAGAGGGAAAGAAGCAAUUCUUGAAAUAAACGAUAAUUAUACAGAAAUUAUGGAGUUACCUUAUAAAACGUUUAUACAGCUGUUUGACAUACCAGUUGAACGAGAAUAUUAUAAUAUGUAUUUCCAUCCAAACAUUUGUCACGUUUGUAAAAGGAGACUCGGAACAUGUGAACUUAUUAAAGUAUGCGAGUGCAGUAUGAUUUCCUAUUGCUGCAAUAGACACAAAAGAAUACAUCAGAGGCAACACCAAACCUUUGCUACGCUAUAAUUAAAGUAAACGGCCAUAAGAUACUGUGGGACACUUGCAGCACAAAUAUAGUCGAAUGGACCGAUACAAAAACGAGAUUAUUAGUCCAAGCGGAACUGCAUCAUGAACUGAGAUUGUAUGAGAAACAGAUAUUCUGAUUCGUAAAAUCAUGUUUCAUUUGCUACAAACGACCUGAUCAGAAGAGAAAUUUCUGCAGAAAAUGCCACUACAUCAACUAUUGCAAUGCUCAUGAAAGUGCGUUACAUAUGCAUAAGUAUUUGUGCUCGCAAUUGGAAUUGAGUCUCUCUCUGGAUUUGGGAAUUAUCGGGUCUUUCGAAUACCCAAGAAUGGAUUUUAUUAUUGAUUUCCCUAAAUCGAACUAAUACAUUUGCGAUAUGAUCGAGUUUAUGAAACAAUAUGUGCUCCAGCCGAAGUGAGAUACUUGGUUCAUAUAUGAUUUCAUCUUUACCGAUUUUACGUCGGGACCGCUAACAAUAUUUUACGGGUUAACGGAAAUGCAAUUGAUUGAUCAUUCGUCGAAGACUAAGCCUUUCAUCAUCCAUAUAAUUGAUGUAAAGUUCAUGGAUACGAAUAAUUUGCCAGCUUGGGAACUUCUCAUGCAUUUUCUUAAAAUUUCGUUAAUAGUAGUGAUGAUAGGGCAGCAUUUGGAAGACAUUGAGACUAGUAUACAUGUUAACGUUUGUGCUUUGUGUUCAAACAGGUCCAGUAGGCUUCAAUUCAAAUUUUAUUGCGCAUUUUACGACGAUUAUGUAAACAAGAAUCUAUUCUACAAACCGCCAUAUUUAAUUGUGGUAUUUUUUAUUUUUAUUUAUUGUUUUAUUAUUAUUAUUAUUAUUAUUAUUAUUAUUAUUAUUUUAUUUUUUUUAUUUAUUAUUUUUAUUUAUUUAUUUGUGGUAUUUACAAUCACUGAAAGCUGUUCGGAAUGUAUAUAAAUAAUACAAGCACAAGAUUGUCCAUUACUUCUGACUACUACAUCGCGAUGCGAUUCGUUAGAAAAUAUGAGGGUCAUAAUUAAAGCUUUGGGUGAUAUUAUACAGCCUUUCUAUCAUACUCUGAAUAAAUUCUGCGGUUACACACCACAUAAAGGCUCUAAUUAUGAGUAUGUGUACGUUCUUAAUGAACGUUUAAUAAUCUACAAGAACUUGCAUAGAAAAUUUUUAGGUGUAACAGAACCAAACAAACGUAGAUACUAUCCAGUGAGGAAAUUAUCCAUCAAGAUAUUGGCAACGUAGUUUAUGUCUAUUGAAUAUAGAGGCGUUGCGCAUACAAGAGUCACGGAAAAGCAGCUUGUGCGACCUCUCUCGGUCUUUUCUCCGCACUGAACUCACUAUACGCGCCAUUUUACUGUUCCUGCAGGAGCUUAGUCGUGCGGAUCUGUUCUUGUGAUUUGUGACUAUUUCGAUUUUGCAAUAAAAUUGCAUUAGAUUAAGAUUAUGUCGAACGGCAGUGGAGAUCACGACGAUGAAGGAUAUGUCGUUAAAAUGCGUGGACUCCCAUGGUCCACUACUGUGGAUGAGAUCAUGAAGUUCUUUGGCGACUGUUCCAUUUCUAAUGGUAAAAACGGAGUACAUAUGACAAUGUCACGUGAGGGACGUCCCAGUGGUGAAGCUUAUGUAGAGAUGGACACCCCAGAGGAUAUUGAGAAAGCUUGCAAACGAGACAGAGACCAUAUGGGCCACCGAUACAUUGAAGUGUUUAAAGCCAAACGUGGUGAGAUGGAAUGGGUUGUGAAGAGGAGCGGCCUUAACUUGGAGAACGCGAUGGACGAUGGUUGCGUGAGAUUGCGUGGUCUACCAUUUGGUUGCUCGAAAGAGGAAAUUGCACAAUUCUUCUCAGGGUUGGAGAUAUUGCCGAACGGGAUUUCGCUACCGACAGACUACACGGGCCGCAGUACUGGGGAGGCUUACGUUCAAUUUGUUAACAAAGAUGUUGCGGAGCGCGCUCUGCAGAAACACAAGGAAAAGAUAGGACACAGGUAUAUCGAGAUCUUCCGAAGCAGUUUGUCAGAGGUACGCGCCAGUAUUGGACCAAAAAUGCGCGGUGGUCCUAUGGGUGGCUUCAAUCAGAGGCCCGCGCCAUACACUCGUGGCGAUCGCUUCGGCGGGAUGAAUCGCUUCAGCAAUAACGGCAGAGGAUCCAGAAACAGAGACUUUGACAAUGGACCAUGGGGAAACGGAAACAACUACGGGUCUCGCGGUGGUAAUAUGGGCAUGCGUGGCGGCAUGGACAUGAAAGGCGGCAAUUAUAGAGGUAGUGGCGACUCUUGGGGCGGUAAUUCGGGUGUUCACAGUAUUCACAUGCGAGGAUUGCCGUUUAAAGCGACAGAACAGGACAUAGCCGAUUUCUUUAGACCGAUUGAGCCGGUAAACGUUCGUAUUAUUCUGGAAAAUGGUGGUCGUCCAUCGGGAGAAGCCGAUGUGGAAUUUGCAACCCAUGAGGAAGCCGUGAAAGCCAUGUGCAAAGACAAAAGCCACAUGUCGCACAGAUACAUCGAACUAUUUCUGAAUUCAACCGGCGGCUCAAGCGGCAUGUCAUUGAGUGGCAUUGGCAAUUUUUGCGGAGGCAUAGGCAACAACUUCAGGCCAGGAUACUCGCCGAAUCGAGGCUUCAGUUCGCAGUUGGGAGGCAAUAAUUACAAUAGUUUUUGAGACCGGGCAAUGCGUUUUUAACGCUGAACGACGAUUAUAAACAGUCGAAGAAUCAAAGUGGAUUACUGAUCACACAAACCACAUCUAAAACCAUACUGAUGCAAUAUCGAGUUUAUAUACUUUUUUUUUCUUUAAUUAUACCUCCUAUAUUAAUCGUAAGCCAAACCAAUAGUAUGUAAGAAGUACUUGCUUAUUCUUUUUUCUCUUAUUUUCCUUCCUUUAAGGAUAGACGUUUCUAUAUUAGAAAUAUUCUUUAAUGUGGAAUACACACAAUUUAAAUAUGAAGAAUAGCUUGCCUAAAGAUAAAAAUGGCAACUUCCACUUCACUUUUGAUAUUGUGUGCGUUUUCUUUCGUUUUUUUUUUUUUUUCUUUUCAAGUAUAUGUAGCGAAUUACAAAGAAAAAUUAUCGCAAAGUAUUAAGAAAGAAUAGGGAAAUUUAUCUUGGCAAUAUUAGAAAAUUUGUUUUCUUACGACAACGUUCAUGAUAGUGCGACAUACAAUUUGUUCUAAUCUAAUGUCAAACGAUUAAAAUGAUAGUUUUUUUGAUGAUAUGUAGUCAUGCGUUACAUAUCGUAACAGCUUUGAUGCGAGCUUAGACGUGAUAUUUGUCGGUGUGCGUCGAGAUAUAGCGUGCAAGCUGAAGCGCAAAGUAUACAAUUGUAAUAUAUACGACUGAUUGAUAGUUUGCGAUUGUAUCUAAACAAAUUUAUCGUGUUUAUUUGUUUGUGACGUGCAGGAUACAUAGAAUUCAGAGCAUUCAUUCAAAGGUACUCAUAUUUGUCAGGGCGCGAUAAUGUACCAUACUGCGAUCUUCAAAGUCUUGGAAGUAAGAAGUUAUAGUUUCUUUUAGAUAUUGGUGUUAAUAAAUAAAAAAAAUACCAGCUGGUCAAUGUUUAGUAUAUUAUAAAGCGUAAGUGUAACUUCGGUUUAUAUUCUCUGAGAUAUUUGAAUAAAAAAAAGUAAACUAACAAA